UGCCUGUUCGCAGCUGAACGUCCUGGCCUUCUCGCCGUAUAAGAUUUCGCAGACGACCUUUCGUCGCAAGGCUUGGUGUUUGAGACGGAGAUGAUGCAGUAGUAUGCGAUAAUUCUGUUGAGGAGCUCAUGGAUUAUUGUACAAAAGGUAAAGAUGGAGUCCAUCCACGACUCCAUUGUCAUUGUCGAGAUGAGACUCGCAACAUGGACAUUGCUUUUUGAUUCUUCAUUUUCGUUAAAGACAUCUUUAUAUAUCAUCCCAAUGUAUGAUUUGAACGAAGCAUACUACGAUCCAUUUACACACACAACGACUUCAGCCACCUGAACAUGGACGGCCUCAAUGAAUACCGCACAGCUCGCGUUGCACAACUAUUAGAGGACUUUCGCACACUCCAGUACUACAUCGCCGCCGCGCCCACCGAGCCACCCAACGCAGAUGACUAUUACACAGAGGGCUGGGCUGCUCUCCGGCAAUGUGCCAUUGACGGCCAGCACAUCCUCGAGUGCGCAGCUGAUACCAGAGUACCCACCACAAGCGGCGGCGAGGAGGAACAGUCCAAAGCCGAGCUGAGGCAGGUUCAUCUUGAUGCGCUUGCGAGGCGCCACGAGGCUCAGAAGAUCUUUCUUCGACAACAAGCCGCGCAACGGUGGAUAGAAUGGCGAGACCAGGUCCUUCAAGGGGGACGGCCAAGUUCCAAGACCCGUGCCGCAUUGCAUGCCUGCGAUUUGCAACUCCGCACCGAACUCGCUGCCAUCACGGAUGAAGACAUAUACAACGACCUGUUGACUUCCGACAUGGCAUUCGGACGCUGGACAGCCGAGGAUCCAAGUCCCAGGGCCGUUGUGCGCUGGCUUCGCGCUCGGCGGUAAUAGCUCCCGCGUCCCCUGAAGCCGUCAGCAAGACUCGAGCGUGGCGUAGGCGCUCAUCAAGUUUUAUUCUGCGGGCGCGACAAGGGGCGCCAUGGCUGGCACAUGGUUCCCAGCGCGACAGCAGUUACAAAAGGAUCCGAACAUCUGCAAUCUGUAAAAUGGUCAUAAUAGGUAUACACAAGGAUAGACGGGGCGUUUUUGUC